UGUAUAUAUACAUAAAUACAAGAUUUCCAACUCUACAAUAUACUCAAAACGCAGAGUUAAAAACACAACCAUAAUCUUCUUCCGGGUUAGAGGAAUCCAAAGAAACGUAGAAAACGGUCGUGAAAUCAGGGAGUAAUCACCAGCCGGAGUUCGCUGAACUGGUUGCCGCCGGAGUAAGGGAGGUCGCUGGAGGCCGUGUAGCUGCAAGACGGGACUGAUGUCAGAGGGGAGGGACGCUAAGCCUUCCGCCAGUACACUCUUCCGCCACAAAAAUCCGCGCCGCCAUUAACUUCUCCAUCGUCGGAGAAGGUGAAUUUGAAGAAGAUCAAGGUAGAAGCUUUGGUUAAGAUUAAAUGUGACUUGAGAGGAGGAUGGACAGUAUUUGCACAAUGGUGCAUCCUUUUUAGAUGGCCAUGAACAUGAUGAUGAUGAUGAUGAUGAUGAUGAUGAUGAUGAUGAUGAACAAACACAUCAAUGAUGGUGCAAUGACCGAAUCAGAUGAAGAUGAUGGUGAUAUUGUGACCGCAACUGCCCCAUCUAGCCAUUAUACUAGAUUGUAUGAUCUCCCAUCCGAGUUUGAUGAUGCGUGGAAGAGUGGAACAUGUGUGAACAGGUUUACACAAGACGCUGAGUUUGAGGUUAGUCAACAGUUUGACGACAAAGAACAAAUCAUCAAUAUGGUGAGCUUGUAUUCUAUCAAACGCAACCAAUUUUAUCAUGUGUUGGAGCCUGCCAAACAUAAGUGGGUGGCAAAGUGCAAGAGAAAGAAGGAACGUGAUUGCACCUGGAGAAUACGAGCCACAAAGAAACAUGUCAGCCUUGACAUGUUCACAAUUGUGCGUUAUCCAGGACCUCACUAUGCUACCUGUGUUGGCAACAAUGACAACAAUGAUGAUGUGGCGAUUUUUUUCAGAUUUUAUCUCCCGAGAUAUUUUUGACCUUAUUCGCACUGAUCCAUCCCUAAAAGUCCAUACUAUUAUUGAGUUGUUGAAGGAAAAGUAUGGUUAUACAGUUUCGUACAGACGUACAUGGUUGGGCAAAAAAAAGGUCAUUGCUUAUUGACUGCCUUACAAUGGAUCACGAAUUGUGCACGAUCAAUCUAUGCUUCGUACAAAGUAACGACCAAAGUUCACAUGUAUUAAGAAUGAGAUAUAUGAAAGUGGCAGAGGAACCAUAAGAUGCGGAAUAUGUAAAACAGACCGGUCAUAAUAGGGCCACAUGUGUGAAGAGAUCUUCAGGAGAUGGUGGGGGGUCCACUGGGCACUAUGGAGGUGUCAGCGGAUCCAGGGCCGAUUGAUCCUUCUGUCCUUACAUUGCAGGCCACGAAGACCAUGAAAACUUGUAGUCUCUCUAUUAUUUGACUUACUCAUAUACAUCAAAUGUUGUAGAAACACUAUACCUAUUUACGUAUUUCCACCUACAAACUGAUGGAUAUUGGUUAUGCAUAUUGGAUGCCUAUACUGAAUUUUUAUACCGUGUUU